AUGGAUCCGGCGAAGCCUGUCGAUUUGCCAGAACGGCCCAAGGUGGCCGUUCAGGAGGCUACUCCCGCUACUCCUGCUGACCCCGCCGCCCCCGCUGGACCUUCCAAGAAGCAGCUCAAGAAGGAACAGAGAGAGAGGGAGAAGAAGCUGAAGAAAGAGCAGGGCCCCAAGCCUACCAAGGAGAAGCAGCCCAAGCCCCAGAAAGCGGCUAAAGAGCCCGCCGCACCCCGCGACCCCGAUUCCCUGUUCAAGACGGGUUUCCUGUCCGACGUUUACCAGGAGAGACCCAUCUCCGACAUCCAUCCCAAGAUCCGCACCCGUUUCCCGCCCGAGCCCAACGGAUUCCUUCACAUUGGACACAGCAAGGCCAUUGCUGUGAACUUUGGCUUCGCGCGCCACCAUGGAGGUGAGUGUAUCCUCCGCUUCGACGACACAAAUCCCGCCGGAGAGGAAGAGCGAUACUACAAUGCCAUUCGCGAAAUCGUGUCCUGGCUCGGUUUCAAGCCCGUGCGGGAGACAAAUGCCAGUGACAACUUCGAGCGUCUUUACGAGCUCGCCGAGGAGCUUAUCAAGCGCGAUGGUGCCUAUGUCUGCCACUGCACCAAGGCUGAGGUCAAGGCUCAGCGUGGUGAGGGUGAGGGUGGUCAGCGUGGUGGGCAGCGCUAUGCUUGUAGCCACCGCACACGCCCUAUCGAGGAAUCCUUGACUGAGUUCCGUGCUAUGCGCGAUGGCAAGUACAAGGCCGGAGAGGCUGCUUUGCGCAUGAAGCAGGAUCUGGAGGACCCCAACCCGCAGAUGUGGGAUUUGUUCGCAUGGCGCAUUCCCGAGAGCGACAAGGAGCACCACCACGCCAAGGGUCUUAAGUGUUUCCCGACUUACGAUUUCGCGCACUGCCUGUGUGAUAGUAUUGAGGGCAUUACUCACUCGCUGUGCACAACGGAGUUCGAGCUCUCGCGUGUUUCUUACGAAUGGCUCAACGACAAGCUCGAUGUCUACCGUCCUAUGCAGCGCGAAUACGGCCGUCUCAACAUCACCGGAACCGUUCUCUCUAAGCGCAAGAUCAUCCAGCUGGUUAAGGAGGGCCAUGUCCGUGACUGGGAUGAUCCUCGCCUCUACACCCUUAUCGCCCUGCGUCGCCGUGGUGUUCCCCCCGGUGCCAUUCUCAACUUCGUCAACGAAAUCGGAGUCACCAAGGCCGUCACCAACGUGCAGAUGCACCGCUUCGACCAAAGCGUCCGUCAGUACCUGGAGACCACCGUCCCCCGUUUGAUGGUCGUCCUCGAGCCUUUGAAAGUCGUCAUCGACAACCUUCCCGAAGACCACCUGGAGAUGUGCGAUGUGCCAUUCUCCAAGGACCCGGCCUUCGGCACCCACGACGUCCCCUUCACCAAGACAGUCUACAUCGAGCGCUCCGACUUCCGUGAAGUCGACACCCCAGACUACUUCCGCCUCGCUCCCGGCAAGACCAUCGGUCUCCUCAAGGUCCCCUACCCUAUCACAGCUACAACCUUCGAAAAGGACUCCAACGGCAACGUCACCGUCGUGCACGCCAAAUACGAAAAACCCGCCGAAGGCGAAACUGCUCCCCGCCCCAAGACAUUCAUCCACUGGGUCGCCGAGUCCCCCGCCCACAACAGCCCCAUCCGCGCUGAGGUCCGCGCUUUCAACCCGCUCUUCAAAUCCGAGGAUCCCUCCGCACACCCAGACGGGUUCCUUGCCGAUAUCGAUCCCGACUCUGAGCAGAUCUAUCACGGUGCUAUGAUUGAGACUGGAUUCGUGGAUAUUAGCAAGUCUGCGCCUUGGCCCAAGGCUGCGGCGGAGGAUGAUGUUGUGAAUAAUAAGCAUUCUAUUCGUUUCCAGGGUAUUCGGUCAGCUUAUUAUGCUGUUGAUCGGGAGUCGACUGAUGAUAAGGUUAUUUUGAAUCGCAUUGUUACGCUUAAGGAUGCUGGUAAGAACUGA